AUGGCUUCGAUACCAGCAACAAGGCCAACCGAAGGCCAACAUCGACGCAACAAGUCAUCUUCAGUUCUAAAGUCUAUCAUUGCUCCCAAGAGCCACAAACGCUCCCCUUCCGAUGGCAGUGCUCUGAGCCAGGCCCAGCCCGAAGGUCGCCUUUACAACCCCAUCGCGAAUGCCGGAGCAUCCUUUCUGCCACCAGACCAUCCUCAUAACCAAUUGAGGAGCCAGGUUCAGAAUAUUCCUAUCCAACCACCGUCUUCACCGAAGAAGUCACAAGACACAAAGACCGGCAGCCCGACAAAGAGCCUCCACAAGAAGACACUCAGCUCUGUUUCACUGCGUUCACUGGGAAAAGACAAAGAAAGGGACGCGAGAGCUAAGGACCGCUCCAGGGACAACAAUCACUCGCGGGACAAGAGCCGAGCGCGCGAGGACACCACAGCAACCGAUAAGCCUAAGAAGACCAAAUCAACAACAAAUCUUGCUGCGGUCUUUGGCAAGGCAAAGCACUCCUCUACAAAAGAACCCGUAGCCCUCCCCAAAGAUAAAGAAAAUACCACCCCACCGAGUUCUGCUCGUGCAACUGAACCCGCGAUCACACCUAUCUGGGCACAGUUCAGCUCGCAGCCUUUCGAGGAAGUGACUACCACUAGCAAGGUUCCUCUCAACGAUCGCCGAAGCAUCGAAGACGAGAUGAGGCUCUACACCCCUUCGAAUUACUCUCCCUCUAAGCAGCGCAACUUCUUCGACUACGGACAGCCUUCACUGCAGAAGCCUGCUGGCAAAGAACGACCAAAGUCGACCUUUCUACCUAAUACUUCUUCCAAUGGAUUGUUCGAAACCCUGACGAAGAAGCGAAGCACCGAGCGAGCUCCAUUGGGUGAGACCAAAGGCAACGGAGAGAAGUCGACAUCUUCUAAAAGCAUCUCUGCUAAGAGUAUGUUACGUCGUUCGAACUCGGAUAGCAAGAAGAAAGAUGGAGCUUCAAAGCGGGAUGCAAGCCCUGGGAAGAAGCCAAACCGUGUCAUGGCCGCUGUCGCUGCUUUCAAUGGCAAAGCGAAGGAAGUCUACAUUGGGCCUACCCCUCCCCCAAAACUUGAUCCUAAGCAGAUCGAUGCCGAAUUCGAAGCCGUCCUUGAGUCCCGUAAUAUCCCACAACAUCAGCGGACGGCAAUGCGUACAUUAAAGCUUGAGGUCAAAGCCGACUUUGUUCGCACACACAAGCUUGACACUCCACAGACAAUGUCUCGUGCAACAUCUGCUCAGGGUUCGAUGACAGAUGUUUCAGGAAAUAGUAACACCAAGUGGACAUCUGAAAAGGCGCCCAAGUCACGCGAUGGCUCCGAUGAAGAGGUACAAGGAGACGGCAAGACUGGUGCCUCUACCAAACGGGAACGCCCCAGGAGCAGGACCUUCACCUUUAGCAAGGGCGAUUCCCCAACCAAGAAGGCCAAGCCCGAGCGACCCGGAAAUGAGAGAAAGACAUCUUCCAAAGCAACCCCAAUUCCCAAAUCGCCCUCCACACGCUCUUUGGUAUCAAAUACUUCACAGAAGUCUUCGUCCAAGAGUGCCAAAUCCUCCAGUCCCGAUGAAUUUGUUACUUAUAUGAAGAAGACGACCAAGCCUCAGGAUGUGGAAGUUGGGAAGCUUCAUAAGCUUCGGCUCCUUCUGCGAAAUGAGACCGUGGAGUGGGUUGACUUGUUCCUACACGAGGGUGGCAUGACCGAGUUGGUUGGGUUGCUCUACCGCAUCAUGGAAGUCGAAUGGCGCGAAGAUCACGAAGACCAAUUGCUCCAUGAAGUUCUCCGCUGUCUCAAGGGACUAUGCACUGCGGAUUCAGCGCUCAAGCAAUUCGCCGAGAUCUCACCCAAACUCUACCCUGCCUUGCUCGGCAUGUUGUUUGAUGAAGAACACAAGGGACCCUGCGAAUUCACCACCCGCGAGCUUAUCAUCCAGAUCAUCUUCGCCCAUAUCUCCUCUGCUCACGAGUCUGAGCUUUCUUGCCGCGCUCGUGAGCUGCUCACUUACCUGAAGGAUCCUGUUAAGGAGAAGGAAUCCUCAACGGUACCCUUUAUUCUGCAAAUGCACCAGCCGCGCCCAUAUCAAGUCUGGUGCAAGGAGAUAACAAAUGUGACCAAGGAGGUGUUCUGGAUCUUCAUUCACCACCUCAAUGUUGUACCGUUGCCCAGGCAGGAAUCCGAGGACACGGCUCCAGCAUCGUUUGCGAAGACUCACUUCCCAGGACCUCGUGCCAUCGUCCCUGCAGCACCAUAUGUCGGAGGAGUGGAAUGGGAUGCGACUAACUACAUUGCCACACACAUCGACCUUCUCAAUGGAAUCAUCGCUUCUCUGCCUACUCGUGAGGCCCGUAACACCUUCCGUCAAGAAUGCAAAGUUUCCGGAUUUGAGAAAUUGAUGGGUCAUCUGCGUGCUUGCAACCCCAAAUUCUAUGGUGCUGUGCACGAUGCAGUUAAGGUCUGGAUCAAGGCCGGCCUCGAAGAUGAUUGGGACGUGAAGACGGUGCGAAUGGGUGCUGGCGAUGGGAAAGGUCCUAGCAGCCCCGUGAAGGCAUCGCCCACUAAGAAAUCCCAGCCACCGCCCCAGAUCCAAGCACCAAAGAUGGACCUUGGUAUGGGAUUGGGAUUCGACAAAGAGAUUGGUGCAGUCGGAAAGAAGGAUGACGACGACUGGUUCUGA